AGCCGCUCCUCGCAUUUCUUUCUUUUACCCUUCCCUUUUCCGCGAGGGAGGAAAGGAGAUUUUUCGUCGAACACCCUCUUCCCUCGCCGCCGCCGCCACCGCCGCGACCCGCGAGCCAUGGCGCCGUCCGCCAGCUCCUCCUCCGGCACGGACUCCACUGGUUCCUCCUCCUCAUCGGGGAGCGACCGCCGCGUCCGCCGCCGCCACAGCCGCCGCAAGGACGCCGCGCCGUCCACGUCCUCCUCCUCCGCGCUGAAGGUGCGCAAGGACCGCAAGUCCCGCCACAAGCGCCGCCGCCGGGAGAGGCGGAAGUCCCGUUCAGACGACGACAGCUACAGUAGCGCAAGCUCUUAUGAUAGUGACCGCGAGGCAUCUGGCAGAUCACGUAAGCAUAAGAAGAGCAGUAGAUCAAGGAAGUCUAGGGAAAGAGAGCGAAGCAAGGAUAGGCAUCAUAAACGGGACAAGAGUAAACAUAGAGAGAAGAAAGAGAGUGAACGUUCUAGCGGUCCGGUCCAGCUUUCCAAGUUCCUUGGUCGCGAGAAGGAGGAAAGCGGCAAAAGGAGUGUUAUCUCUGGUAAAAAGAUAAUGAUGAAGCUCGAGAAAUCCAAGGAAGAUAAGGCGGCUGAGAGCAAGCGCAAUGAACUGUUGAAGUUUCUGAAUGCCAGUUAUGAUUGACAACUUAUCGAAAGUGGUGAUGCUUGGCUGGAUGGCUUGGAUUUGUCUUCAUGCCACUGCUUAGUCAUGUGUGUGUUUGGUGAUACCCCUAGAAGUUUUUUGUCCUGUUUUUUGAAGUUGAUGACUGUGACCAUCAGUGCUUUAUAUCGGUAUAUUUGGCUAGUGGUUGGACAAAGGUCACAUGUAUCACUAGGUCUUACAAUUUUUGAGCUUGGGGUGUUUGUGUUAUUAAAAAUUUGAUCGUUACCAGUUUGUACUUUGUAGCUUCCUUUUUGUAAGCCCGUUUAACUUGGAGAUACACCAAUUUUAUAGAAUUUUCCUGGCAGGGAUACUUGA